UUAGCUAAAAAAUUGAGCCUAUCGACACUCAAAGUUAAAUCCCUGGAAUGUAUUUAUACACAUUUUGAAGAAAUUUCAAAGAAAGAAGAAUUUCUGUUACUGAAUAAACAUGAAUUGAAGGAUUUAUUAUUUAAUGACAAUCCUCAUGGCGAUUUUGAAGAAAGUGUCUUUUUGUCCAUGGUUUCAUGGAUAAAUUAUGACAAAUUAAAUCGGACAGAAUUAACCUUUGAGCUCCUUUCAAUGAUUCGUUUUCGAGCUCUUUCACCCAAGUUUAUUGUGGAAAAUAGAAAGUUGGUUUGUAAAACUGUGGAAGACUACGAACUGAUUUGCAGUUGGCUCCAAUGGCAUUUGUCGCCUGAUACACGUUCAAAAUUACAACCAAAUCGCCCUUCGAUUCCAAGAAAAAAGACUGAAAAGCUUGCAAUAAUUGGAGUUAAGAAUUGCAGUGAAAUUUGUAUUCAAACUUUAAAUUCCAAAGGAAAUACAUGGUCCAUCGAAAUAAAAAAAAACGUUAUCAUCGACGCGAUUAGAUUCUUCAACGAUUGUGAUUGAUAAUAAACUGCUAGUAGUUGGAGGAUACCUCAAUGGUAUGACUAAUAGAAUACAAUGUUUAGACAUGAACGCAAUGGAUUGGGUUGAUUUUCCGCCAAUGAAUACACCUCGAUCGGAAUGUCAGUUAGCAGAUUUAAAUGGUUAUUUAUGUGUUUUUGGUCUCAAUACCAAAUAUGUGCCAUCUAUAGAAAUAUAUAGUUUUUCCACAUGCAAAUGGAAUGGUUUACAACCAAGGUAUCGACCAAGUGAAUAUAGCAAAAUAACUGCCCACAAUGGGAUAUUAUACAUUCUCGAUUUUGAAAAUGGAUUUUUGCAAUUUUAUGAUGUCUCUUCAAAUAAAUGGACUUCCAAAGCUAUUGGGAAAUCUUCACUCCGCAAUUUUGGAUUUGCUGCAACUGAAAGUUAUUUGUAUGUUAUUGGUGGAAAUGAAAAUGGAGAAUAUAUGAAAACUGUUAAACGAUACGAUUUAUCUAAUAAUUCCUGGUGUGAAUUGGCAUCUUUAUCAAGAGGUCUCGAGCACCCAACUACAAAAGUUCUUGGAAGUAUAAUUACGAUUUGCGAUGGAUUUAAUGUUGAAGAGUAUGAUAUUGAUAUCGAUAAAUGGAAUAAAUUGAGUUGUUUACCAGAAGAAGUUAGAUGGACAACUGUAUCUAUAUCUAACACUGUUUUUAAAUAAUGAGUUGUUUAUAAAUUGUGUUUUCUUUUCCUUAUUUUAUGUAUAUUAUAAAAAAAAAUAAAUUAAUG